CUUUAAUUUGAAUUCUCAAUCUCUUUGCAUUCGUCGAGCACGGCGCAGCCUUCGCAGCAGCAACAGCAAUCUAAUAUUCCGUUCUGCAAUGUUUUAUCCCCUCGAACUGCCGCGGCCACGUCAGCCGCUCUAUGGCAAGAAAUUUGGACUGAUCAGGGCCCAACAGCAGCAGCAGCAGCAGCCACAGAGUUCCGGGAAGAUCAGCUGCAGACCCUUGGGAAAGCUGUGGCGUCUCCUUCUUCCAUAUCUCAAGGAGUACACGGCUACCUCCUCGGUGCAUGGCAUACGAUAUCUGGCCGAUCCGAAGCUGAAAUACUUCGAGAGAAUAAUUUGGCUGCUGAUUCUGGUGGCCACCAGCAUUGGGGCCAGCGUGGUGUACGUUGAUCUCAGUGAGCUCUACCAGUCGGUGCGUAUUCAGACCACCAUCAGGAACACAAUGCUUCCGAUAUUCGUUGCCCCCUUUCCCGCCAUUGGGAUCUGUCCGCGCAACCGCGUCAAUUGGAAUAAAUUGGAGAACGAAGCGCCCUAUCACUUCCUGGGUCCGAACAUCACUGCCGCACAAAAGCAGCUCUUCAUUAGCUUCUUCACGGCUGCCUCCGACACGCACUUGACGCGUCUGACAGAGAUGUCGAGCUUUUUUGGCAAUGCCACGCUAGCGGCCGACUUGCCACUGCUGAAUGGCUUAGAUGUGGCAGCAGUGAUUGAGUACAUCCAGCUGGAGUGCAGCGAUAUCUUUUCCGUCUGCCACUGGCGCGGCAAUCCGCUGAACUGCUGUGAGAUUUUUGAGUUGCAGUUCACAGAGUCGGGCACCUGUUGGGUGUUCAAUUCACUCAUCAGUCCGGCAACGAAACAGAAAGCGAAGGAGAGCAAGUACUAUCCGCGUCGCACACCCCAGUAUGGCGAGGGCUCUGGCCUGGAUAUUUUCAUGCGAAUCAACAAGUCUCUGCUGCACUCCAACAAACGGGGCGUACACGUGAUGGUCAAGCAACCGCAACAGUGGAGCGAUGUGGUGCGCUAUCUGUCACACGACACCCACACCCAGAUCAGCAUGGUGCCCCGCCUCACGACCACGGAUCAGCGAACCCGGGCCGUGACGCCGGACAUCAGACGCUGCAUCUUUCACGACGAGAUCCACCAUCCCAAGUACAAGAAUCUGCAGGGCUUUGAGUACUGGGUGGGCAACUGUCGCAGCAGGUGCCACCAGGAACAUGUCGUCAAUAUGUGCAAGUGCUCGCCCUCUGUUUUCUUUCCGGUAAGCGAUAAGGAUAACUUUACUGUCUGCAAGCCAUCGGACUUUAAGUGCCUCUACGAUAACAGGCGCACUUUCAGCUCGGAACGGCAUCCCCAGGAGAAUAAGUACGUGGACAGUCUGUACAAGGAGAGCAUGAUCUGUGACUGCUUCAAUAGUUGCACUCAGCUAAUCUUCGAUCGGGUAUUCAGUAGCAGCAGCUUAGACUAUAACGAGACCGACACUGAGGUGGGUACCAUGCGCCUGGACUUUUUCUAUCAAUCGGGCUGGUUCAUCCAGUAUCACACCAAUAUGCGCUUUACAUUUGUGGAAUUGCUGGCUAGUUUCGGUGGCAUAAUUGGCCUCUUUUUGGGCGCCUCACUGCUAAGUGCCUUCGAGCUGGUCUACUACUUCACCAUUGGCCUGUAUUUAUAUUUGCAUGGGCAGAGGAAACUGGAGGAGCAACCACACCCACAGCCACCAGUCAUAACUAUACCCUUUGCACAGCGAAAGAUUACACCAGUUAAGUAUAUGCGUUGAUGCGAUUAUAAGUACAAUUUGACGAGUAUCAAUGACAGACAGUAUACAAAUCAAUAAAUAACAUUCACCAAGCAUUCCUAUGGUGCUGGUGCUGCUGCUGGUGC